AUGUCAUUCCAAUCUCUGGCGACCACAAACACAUUUCCUGCGUUUGGACUCUUGGGAUUUCUCUUGAUGGUUAUUUUGUUGCCAAUGAUUUUCCGAGUCCAGAACUCCAUAUCAUACUUGUACAAAUUGUUCAUAAUGUGGACAAGCCUCUCAUGUCUCCUUUAUGGCGUUAACGCUAUCGUGUGGAACAACAACACAGUAGACAAGUCACCAGUUUGGUGUUAUAUUUCACAUCCUGAUGAGUGGCCCCUUAUCGCAGCGACUCCCCUGAUCAAUGCUUCUGAAACUGGUAAUCCGGCGGUUUUACUUUGCAUUGUUCGCCACCUAUAUCGCAUCAUAACAAUGAGUGCAGCGAACCAGAGUAUUUCCAAGAAUCGACGCGACUUGAUCAUAGACCUUUGUAUCGGAGUUGUUUUCCCCGUCGUACUUUCAUCUCUAUUAUAUGUCGUUGAAUACAGGAAGUAUUUCAUUCUUGAAAACCUAGGAUGUUUUCCUGCCGUAGCCUUCACACCACUCACUAUCCCACUUUUCUUCAUUUGGCCUUCCGUCCUGGGAUUGCUGAAUGCUCUAUAUGCUGGUCUUACCAUACGCGCUACUAUAAAACGGAAAGUUUUCAGAAGAGAAAUCAUGCAAGAUAACCGAUAUAUGCAGUUUGAUCACUACUGGCGCCUGUUGAUGCUAAGUGGCAUUUGCAUCAUAUGCACCCUCCCAUAUGGGAUAGUCAUACUGGUUAUCAACCUCCUCGAACCAAUGGUCCCAUACACAUGGCACUCGAUACAUGCUAACUUUUCUCAAAUUGAGCAAUUGCCUGUAUCCGUGUGGGCGAUAGAUGCCAAAAACCAGGUCGAUAUUGAGUCAUCUCGUUGGUUUGCUGUGUUUUAUGCCUUCAUAUUCUUCGCGUUUUUUGGGUUCACAAAGGAUGCUGUACAAAACUAUCGCCUCGCUGGCCUUUGGGUCAUACGACGUUUUGGUUUCCGUCCAUCCAAUCUGGAUGCAUUGAUGGCUAGACAAUCCUCACCUCGUACUGAUCUUGUCCGACGGGAACCUGUUAUGUUUCCAUCUGAGACGUCUGUUGGCUCCUUGAAAUUCAUUUCUUACCCUGGCUCCAACCAAAUCAUCGCGUCUAUUACGCAGUCUUUGCAUUUUCAUCCGCUAUCUCUCCCUAUAUGCUCAACGGACCUGUCUAUGGGAGAGUUCCGAAGUAGCCAAACAGGUGGCCUGAACGGUGGGCCCGUCACUGUCUCGGGUAGUGAUAUAGCUUUGAGUAGCUUGAAUCAGGGGCCGACUCGGUCUGCUCGCGGCGAUGAAAAUGAUCCACCAGCGUUAUCGCUCCCGAUCACAGAGCCGGUAUCUGCUUUGGAUGCAUCUGCUGUCUUACGGCGUUAG